GAUUACAGUGGUAAAGGUCAAAGUUGAAGUAUACAGAUACUUUGAAAGAGGGAAAGAAUUGGAACCUGAAGGAAGUAGGAACUGCAAUUUCUCAUUCCGUGUUUUUCUCAGAUUUUGCGUGCAAAACUAGGGAGAACCCUAGUCUCUGUGAAUGCUCUACUGCGUUCUUCAAUUUCUUCUCCAAAGAUCGUUUCUUUUUCACGCAUUUCUCAACUCAAAAGGUUGGCACAACUUUUUAUGGUUCUGUUUGUAGAUUCUAGGGUGGCUGAGGGAAGAUAUAUUGUUAUUACAAUUUCAUGGAUGAGAUAUAUAUUAUUAGUUCGUCAGAUGAUGAUGAGUUGGAGGAGAUAGAUGUUCAAAAGAGAACUCUUCCAACAACUAAUGAAAGGAGUUCAGAUUAUGGUCGGCGGCAUACUUCAACAGGGGCUAAUAGUUCAAACCUAAGUUCUUCUAGUUUGUAUAAUCAUUCACAAAGCAAACCUCUUACACUACCUGUGUCCAGUACCAAUGCACUAAACCACAGAAUUGUGCGAAGAGAUGAACCUUCAUACCAUGCUCAGAAUGGAAAUACAAGUCCGCAACAACCAGUUAAUUCCCGAAUUUCAAAGUCUCAUGGUGCAGAUUAUGAGAAAAUGUCAUCUCAUCAAGCUUUCAAGAGGACCCUUCCUUCAACUCUUCAGCCUUCUGUAACAAGGGCUCUUCCUUCUCCUUUAUAUGCACCAGACAUCCGAUUAAGCAACUUAAAAGAUAGCACAGACAAUAGUCAUCUUCAUGAUACAUAUAAGAAUCGUCGCCAGGGAAUAGGGCCUAGCAUAUCCGGUGAUAGGGCCUACAUUCGUGAUAGUUUUAUCAGGGGCUAUGACGAAGGUCAUUUAUUGUAUCAAAAUGGUGGGAACAGGAUUCUUCCAUCAUCUUUGGUGCUUGGAAAGGCCAUAACUCCACAAACUUUGAAUGUCACAUAUAGUGAAUCUGCAUAUCGUUCUGGAAUAGGUGAUGAAAGGUCUGCCGAAAAUGACGAGAGACUUAUUUAUGAGGCAGCAUUACAGGAUAUCAGUCAACCUAAAACAGAAUAUGACUUACCUGCUGGUGUAUUGUCUGUCUCUCUUCUGAGACAUCAGAAAAUUGCAUUGGCUUGGAUGCUUCAGAGGGAAACCAAAAGUUUGCAUUGCUUGGGGGGGAUUUUGGCUGAUGAUCAGGGUCUUGGAAAGACAGUAUCAAUGAUUUCCCUCAUUCUGGCAUUGAGGUCAUUACAGUCAAAAUCAAAAACAGAUGAUGUGUUCAAUCAUAAAACUGAAGCUUUGAAUUUGGAUGACGAUGAUGACAAUGGUGGUAUAGAUGUGGAAAAGCAUAAAAAUAGUAUGGAAGCUGAUGAUUUGUUUCCUAGUAGAGAACCUAGCAGUUCAACACAGACACCUGGUAGAAAAAGGCCAGCUGCUGGUACCCUAGUUGUCUGCCCUGCCAGUGUUAUGCGACAGUGGGCCAGGGAACUUGAUGAGAAAGUUGGAGAUGAAAAGCUUUCUGUUUUAGUUUAUCAUGGGGGCAGUAGGACUAAGAAUCAUGUUGAACUUGCAAAAUUUGAUGUGGUUCUAACAACAUACUCUAUUGUGACUAAUGAAGUUCCUAAGCAACCAUUAGUUGAGGAUGACGAUAUUGAGGACAAAAAUGGGGAAAGAUUUGGGUUAUCUUCUGAGUUUUCUGUUAAAAAAAGGAAAAAACAAUUUAACGGAAAUAAGAAGGGUAAAAAGGGUAGAAAAGGAAUUGACAGUUCUACGGAAUGUGGUUCUGGUCCUCUUGCAAAAGUAGGUUGGUUUAGGGUUAUUCUAGAUGAGGCUCAAACAAUAAAAAAUCACAGAACUCAGGUGGCUAGAGCUUGCUGCAGCCUUAGAGCCAAAAGAAGGUGGUGCUUAUCUGGAACACCUAUUCAAAAUACUAUUGAUGAUUUGUAUAGCUACUUUAGAUUCCUGAAGUAUGAUCCUUAUGCUGUAUAUAAAUCAUUCUACAACACCAUAAAGGUUCCUAUAUCCCGAGAUUCCAUUCAAGGUUACAAGAAACUUCAAGCAGUUUUAAGGGCCAUAAUGCUACGUCGUACAAAAGGAACUUUGCUUGAUGGGAAGCCAAUAAUCAAUUUGCCUCCUAAAACAAUUGAGCUCAGUAAAGUGGAUUUCUCCAUUGAGGAGCGAGCCUUCUAUACUAAGUUGGAAUCAGACUCACGCAAUCAAUUUAAUGCAUAUGCUGCUGCUGGGACAGUCAAUCAAAACUAUGCUAAUAUUCUUUUAAUGCUCUUACGUCUCCGACAGGCUUGUGAUCAUCCACGUCUUGUUAAAGAUAUUGAUUCUGAUCCUGUUGGGAAGGAUUCUGUUGAAAUGGCAAAAACUCUUCCAAGGGAAUUGCUGAUUAAUCUGUUUAGUUGUUUGGAUGCAACCUUUACUAUCUGUCAUGUUUGCAAUGUGAGUUAAGUUCAGAUGCUAUAUUUUUUGGUAUUUGUGUCAUUUGUUAUGAAUAUGAUGGUACUCUAGAUCCUUUUGGUUAUAUCUUAUAUAAGUUAUGGUGUUUUCUUCCUAUAUUGUGCGAUUUUUAACAUUUGGAAGUGGACUUUUAACUGAAAUUUGUAUGGGUAUUUUUUUAGGAGUAUGGUGCAUUUUGCACUUCCCAUGGACGUUGUUUGUUUACUAAAUUGGGUUAAGUUGAACACCUGUGUUCUAUUUAAGUAAUGUGAAUAUAGUUAUGAGUUUAGCAAAAGUUGUUGGUUUUUCAAAAAUAGACAUGUUUAUUAUCCCAAACAAAUAAGAAAUAGUUUUAGGGAAAUGCUUUUCUAUUUAAAGAUGUUUUAGUAGUGCAGGAAAACAUCCACAACUGUCAAUUGCAUCUCAAUGCAUUUCACACCUAAUUGUUUUUAAUCUUAAGUUUACUGCUGUUAUCCGUGUCUC